GUUUAAUUGAGCCUCUUCCUCUUUCUCUUUCAGAAAAAAAAAACCCUAAACCUAUCCUCCUCUGCUAUCUUCUCUCCAUCCAGCAGUGUUUUCGUUCCCUUUUUAAUCUAAUAAACAUUAAAAUAAAAAAAUGUCAAGCGCCUUGGAUAUGUCACUUGACGAUAUCAUAAAGAGCAAUAAGAAGCCUGGAUCCGGUAACUCCCGAGGCCGUGGCCGUUCUUCCGGCCCCGGUCCGACUCGGCGGUUUAAUAAUCGCGGCACUAAUCGAGCCGCUCCCUAUGCUGCAGCUAAGGCGCCUGAAUCUACCUGGCAGCACGACAUGUUUACAGAUCAAGGUGGAAUGGGAAUGUUUCAAGGACAAGGUGGCGGUGGUAGUAGGGCCUCUGGGAUCGAGACUGGAACUAAGCUUUACAUCUCUAAUCUCGAGUAUGGUGUUUCUAACGAGGACAUUAAGGAGUUGUUUUCUGAAGUUGGUGAUUUGAAGCGGUACUCAAUCCAUUAUGACAGGAGCGGGAGAUCGAAGGGAACAGCAGAAGUUGUCUUUUCACGACGUACAGAUGCUUUAGCUGCUGUCAAGAGAUACAACAAUGUUCAGCUUGAUGGAAAACCUAUGAAGAUAGAGAUUGUUGGAACAAAUAUUGCUACUCCUGCUGCAACCCCAGCUGCUAAUGGCAAUUUUGGAAAUUCAAACGGAGCUCCUAGAGGGGGACAAGGAAGAGGUGGCACAAUGAGAAGACCACGUGGGGCCAGUAGUGAUGGCCGUGGAUUUGGAAGGGGUCGUGGGCGUGGAAGGGGUCGUGGUGAAAAGGUUUCAGCAGAAGAUCUUGAUGCUGAUCUGGAGAAGUAUCAUUCAGAAGCGAUGCAGACCAAUUAAAGGCAUUCCUUUUCUUUGUUUUUAUGGUUGGUCUUACAGCUUUCUUCUGUGGCCUUUCAUGUGCUUGCAGUGCAAGAAUCCAACUAUGUUCUGUAACUUUAUCAAGUCCUAGUCCUAGGAAUUAUAGGAAUACUCAGUGAGGAACUGUUAGAAUAUUUAUUAUGGAGUUUGGGCUUUUAUUACCAAUUGUUUCUCAACUUGGGUAUUAAGUAUGCGGGUUAAUGGACAGCUGUCAGUGUGUAAUUGCACUCCUGCUUUUGGUUUGGUUAACUUCUUAUGUCCCUUCUGUUUAAUUCCGCAAGUUGGAGUAUGAAGUGGACUAUUUUUCCUCA